UGCAUACACACACACACACACACAGGCACCACCACGCAUGUUUGUGCACACACAAUCACAGGCACUCUCACUCACAGGUUUGGAUACACAUACACUUUCACAGACACACACAGAAUCCACAUGGGGUCAGUUUGAUUCACUAUCUUCUUAUUCCCGACACUCAGCAAUAGCGAAGCUUUCCUCUGACACACUCACACCCCAAUCGUCUGUGGCAUGCAUGCGCGCACACACACACACACACACACACACACACACACUCUCACACACACACACACUCUCUUGCUCACUCAUCCAUACUCCCCGACUGUUAGUGGUGGCGGUCUGUGAGGAUCUCUGCAGUUACCAACUGGAUUUGCUGGACCAUUUACUCCACUGAUUCUGAGUGACACAACUCUCAGACUGUGAGGAGGGAGGGCUCCCUCGUAGUUACGGAUCGCGAGACUCCAUUCUUAGUCACCGCAACAAGAAAAACUGGAAGAGAAGGAAGGAGGAGGAAGAGAGAGACCAGGAAAGCUGGGGCGCCGAACGGAGCAGCACCGGCAGUGGGGGAGGCAGGAAACAGGGGGGCCUAGGGCUGAGUGGAGGCAACAGCAUGCGCUGCUCAACCCUCCUGACCAUCUUCACUGGGGUGCUGCUCUACCUGGUGCUGGGGGCCCUGGUGUUCCGCGCUCUUGAGGUGCCCUUCGAGGAGGACAACUACGCCAAGCUCCAGAGAACGCGGGAGGCAUACCUCAACAACUACUCAUGCAUUUCCCCGGAGGUCCUGCAAGCACUCAUUGAGGAGGUGGCAGAUGCCCUUGGGGGUGGUGCAGAUCCGACUGUCAACGGCACCUUUACCAGCAGCUGGGAUAUAGCCAGCGCCCUCUUCUUCUCUGGCACCAUCAUCACAACCAUUGGGUAUGGGAACAUCUCCCCAAAAACAGAUGGAGGAAAACUCUUCUGUAUUUUCUAUGCUCUGGUGGGGAUUCCCAUGUUUGGUAUUCUCCUGGCUGGUGUUGGUGAUCACCUUGGGACUGCACUGAGAAAUGCUGUUGCCAAAGUAGAGAUGCUUUUCUUGAAAUGGAAGGUGAGCCCAACUAUAGUCCGCAUCAUCACAGCAGUGCUGUCCAUCCUGCUUGGGUUGGCCCUCUUUGUUGCUGUACCCAUCCUGGUGUUUCAGGAAGUGGAAAAGUGGACGCUACUUGAUUCAGCUUAUUAUGUGGUCAUCACACUCACAACUGUGGGCUUUGGAGACUAUGUUGCAGGUGAUUCAGGGUUUGAGGGGAGUGACCACUGGUACAAGCCUCUAGUGUGGUUUUGGAUCCUCGUUGGCUUGGCCUACUUCGCUUCCAUCCUUGCCAUGAUUGCGAAUUGGCUGCGGGUGUUUUUCAAGAAGACUAGAGCUGAGAUGGAGGAGCUCAGAGCAAGAGCUGCAGCCUUGGACAUGCCGAACAUGCCCAAUAUGCCCAACAUGCCAAACAUGAACAUGGACUUCCGCAUGCCGAACAUGGACGACCCGUUCAAGCGUUCCAGGCGCAGACGACGGCGCGGCCAUCGCAGCCACGGCCACAGUGGGUCUGCCACUGCCGGAACAGGGGAGGAUGGGAAACCCCGAGAGAAUGGGCAGCAGCCUCACAGCGAGUCGGGCUCUUCCUUUUCCUCCUAUUCCUCCGAUGAGUCUGAGUCUGGGACGGAGAGUGGCUCGGCAGCAACGGAGACAGAGCGCGUGCCCAACGGAGAUGUAGAGAAGGAGAACCAACCGCCAGUGAUCUGCCCAAGUCUGGAUUGGGAAAAUCUGGCGUUCAUCGAUGAGUCCUCUGACGCGGUGAGCGGGAAGGUUCAUUUGGACUCUCUGGUCGACACCACCCUGCCCAACGCCAUCCCUGUGCCACGGAAGCCAAAGAAGAGGCGAGCCAGGCGGCCUACACAUAAGAGCCCUAAGACAAGUCCCACCAAGCCAGACAAGAAAGAUCCUAACGGGGAUGUAGGCCCCCCAACUGACCCCCCUCCUGCUCCUCCAAAGCCUUAACCACACAUACUGUUCUCAAAGACUGUUUCUUUACUGAUGUUUGCCAUAAGAAUCGAGUGCCUCUGUUCCACUGCCCAUAAGGAAAUUAUUAAUGAGGAAAUCAUCAAUUCAGUAUUGAGUAACAUGAUGCGAGAGGAUGUCCCUUUCCACUCAAAAUCAGUAAGUUUCUUUAAUCUAACAGAUAAUCUUGAAAAAUAAAAUCAGUGACUGACAGCAGAUACUUUGUUUUACCUCUUGAAGUUCAGUGAUUCAACUCCUGAAAGUGUGCUUGGUUAUGCAUGAGUUCAUAAUAAAAAUUAGAGCUGUGAUACUAUGACAUAGAUAGUGAUGGGGAUGAAAGGGAAAGUCUAAUGGGAACUUCUCCUCAGAAUAAAAUCACACCCCUGGUUCUUUUUGCCUCACAGAAUGCUGUCCAUCUCUGACUGGACUGAAGGGCAGGAUUUCACGAGCAGUCUUGUUUUCUGUAUGUGCACAUAAAAAAUGGGAAAAUGUUGUGGAUUUUAUGCCUGAAAUCCUGUCACUCCGAUCCAGUUAGGAAUAGUGCCUCGAUCGACUCAGGUUGCAGUGCUGCAGAGCCAAGAUGGCUGCUGCAAGCUGACCCAACUCCUCUCUAACAUUUUUGGUUUGAGGCCAUUGACAAAUAGAGCAACACUAUGCAGGAUAUAUAUUGUGUUCAGCAUCUGCUCUUACAGAGUAAAAAUACAAUUUUAAAAAUGUUGCAGAUGUGAGUAAAAUGUACUUUUUUUCAUCUGAUUUCACCGUAUGGCUGCACUGAGCUGCAUGUUCAGCACAAUUUAAGAGUUAGCUAGCUAGCAUGGUUUCAUUACCUGUGCUCUGCUGUUUGCAAUGCAUCUAUUACACGCUGAUAGCUUAUUCUAUAUGAGAAGUUGGUUUGUUCAUACUGAUUAAAUUGCCAAAGCACAUUUUUUGAGCUGCAAUGUCCAGUGCCUUUACAAUGCUAAUGCUAAUGCUCAUUUUUUACAGGCCACAGUUAAUAUAGAUGCUAAAAAUGAUUAUCCACAUGACUAGCAACAUUUCCUAAUAUGUCAAGGUCAAUUGUAGGUACAGGAAGCUUUUUUUAAAGACAAGAUUAGCAAAUUGUGUGACAUUGCACCUCAAACAAUCACAAUAAUAUAAUAAUGUUGAUAGCAUUUGGAAAAUGCCUUAGUCACAUAUUGCAUGUAUUUUCAAUUAUAGAGAUGGAAACUCCUCUCUAAAGCACCCAGUCUGAACAGUUCCCCCAGCACCCUCUAGGAGAAGUGCUUUGCCCAGAGCUCACACAAGACAUGUAGCACUAACUAGGGGAGGGGAUAUUUCAUUUAUAUAUUAUCUGAAAUAGAAGACAUUUGGAUGUUAACAAUAGUUUUAAAGUGCAAUGGUUUUUUUUAUAAUUUAUACUUAUCAUGAGUUUUUGUCGUUGUUAAGAUACAGUAUUACAUUUACAACACGUUUUGUAAGUUGCUGUGGAUAAAAGCCUGCCCAAUGCCUGAACAUAUAUGUAAACAUGAACAAAGAGACACCACUGCUGCUGGGUAGCCACUUUGGCUCUAUACUAUUUGGCACAACUAGAUAGCCACUUGGAAGUCUUGUGUGUCUCAAAAUAUGUGUUUGGAUCUUAGAUUGAUCUUUUAAAAGAAUGUCAUUAUUUUUUUUGCACCAAAGCCAAACUGAUGUGUGCCUGUAUAUGAAUUUUGUUAUGUAUUAUGCAUGUUGAUUGUUUGGUUGGGGCAUCCUUCUUUGUGUAACUAUCUGUAUUUCAGGGUCAGCAAAUGCAAAUAAAUUCAAUAAAAGAACCUAGAACCAAAGACAUCAUAACUGUUCUGAGAAAAAAAACUGUUUUAUAAUUCCUUUGAGAAGCAACUAUUUUUGCAAUCUAUUAUCUAUUACGUUGCUAUUACAUUGCAGUGAGUUGCUGUUGUUAUUCCAUUUUUUUUUUUAUAAUUAAUCUUCAAGGGUAUAUGUAUGAAGACCCAUCCCUUUGAGACUCCACUUACAAUGCACCACAAAGAUUGUAUUGAUGAACACCUCAUGUAUAGCAUAUUCUAUAUUGUAAAAGAUCAUGUAUGACCAUAUAUUUCAAAUGAUGAGUGAUCUCUGUCUGUCAGUGAACCAUUAACUUGUAACCUGACUCCAUAUACUCUGAAAGGACAUUGAAUUGCACAGAUAACUCUUUUUAGAGCAAUGAGCUGUAUGGAAUAUGGAGUAUAAUUAGCUUACACGUGCCUUCAGGGAGCAAUCCCUCAUAUUUGCCUAAAUGUAUGCCAGGGACAAUAAAAUGGAUUUAACAGUGUUAA